ACAUUGUUUAAUAUGCUGUUUGUUUCCUUUCUAUUUGGGACAGGUCGAGUCACCCAGUGGUACAGUGGCAGUGGAUAUUCCUAUUCUCCUUACGUUCGUGGAGGCAUGCAGUAUAGCAAUGGAAUCGCUACUGUACCAAGAGACAGUCUCUAUUAUGUUUACGUUCAGAUGAGGUUUUACAGCAAAUCAGGUUCCGGCAACUACAAAAAUGCGAGAUUCUGCAUUGCAAUCAACGGCACUUGUCAGUUUUAUUCGUACACGCACACUCAAGACUACGGCGAUUGGUACAAUCCCUAUUCUGGACGAUCUUUGCUACUCAAGAAUAAAGAUCAACUAUCAGUGCAAUUUACAGGUUCAACCAUUCUUCUGUUCUUUUGAUGUGGAGACUUAUUUCUGUAUUUGUGGCAAAUAGUGCUGUUGCGCAAGAUCUUGAAGUUUGUCGCAAAAUCACCCUUCUUUCUACGUUCUUCA